AUGGCGUCGAGAGCUCCGGCGAUCGUGGUCGUCGCGGCCUUGAUCAUGGCGGCAGCACACCUCGCGAGCGGCAGCGGCUAUUACCAAGCCGCCGCGCCCUUCACGACGUCGGACUGGCAAGACGGUAGCGCCACGUUCUACGGCGACGCUUCCGGCCUCGGCGCAGACUUCGGCGGCGCGUGCGGGUACGGCGCCAACGACAUCCAGUCGCUCUACUCGACGAGCACGGCGGCGCUGAGCACGCCGCUGUUCGCGAGCGGCAGCGGGUGCGGGCAGUGCUACGAGCUGCGGUGCGUCAACUCCCGGUGGUGCAACCCGGGUUCGCCGUCCGUCGUGGUCACCGGCACCAACCUCUGCCCGCCCAACUGGAACCUCCCCAGCGACAACGGCGGGUGGUGCAACCCGCCGCGGCAGCACUUCGACAUGGCGCCCCCGUCGUUCCUGAUCCUCGCACCGCGGGUGGCGGGCAUCGUCCCCGUGCAGUUCCGCCGCGUGCCGUGCCAGCGCUCCGGCGGGAUCAGGUUCUACGUGCAGGGCAACUACUACUGGCUCCUGCUGUACGUCAUGAACGUCGGCGGCAGCGGCGACGUCGGCGACGUGGCCGUCAAGAGGGCCGGCGAGCCGGACUGCAGCUACGUGCCCGCGUCGCGCAACUGGGGCAUCACGUACCAGGUGUUCGCCGCGCUCGGCAACGCGAAGGGCCUCGUCGUCAGGAUGACCUGCUACAGCUCGCCGCGGAAGACCAUCGUCGUCGAUGACGCCAUCCCCGCCUGGUGGUCCACUGGACUCUCCUACCAGGGAUCCAACAACUUCUAUUGA